AUGUUGAGCGCAAAAGACUCUCGUCGUUUGUUCACUAUCACUACUCAGCCAUGUCGAACAUUCGGUUCUACAACAUUAAUCCAUAGGCGCAUAACAUCCUUUCACAUCGGAUCGCAGACGAGAAGUAUUUUCGGAUCUUCCAAGAAGAAAUCACAAGCACAAGCUAAGAUGUCUUCGUACUCUCAAUACUCAAGACCCAUGGUGGGGGUGACCUCCACGAUAAUGCUUUUAAGUCUAUUCUACAUACUUUACCAAAACGAUUACCUAGAUAUACAACCUUUACCUGCUACACGGGUACGCGCAAAGAGACCACCCACAGAAGAAGAGAAAGCUGCAGCUCGCGCAGAGAAAGAAGUUAUCAAAAAUGCGGAAGAACUAUCAGCAUUACCUUUCCAACAAGAUGUGGCAGCAGGAGAUGGUUCGGCUUGGGGAAGUUUUAUUGGUAAAUUCAACGACUUUUCCAUAAUGUCUGACGAACAAUGGAAGGCCAUCUCGCAAACAGUUGCAGGUUAUUCCGAUUAUAUAAUGCCGGAUUGGGCCAAGGUCCUACCUGGAUAUAUUGAGAAAUUGAGAAAGGAAUUGAAUAUGGCACCAGGUUCUUUGGCAGACGAUAUAUGGAGAGACGCCCAAGAUCCUGAUAUGAACCCUGAAAUCAAUUAUUCUGCCUCGGUACGAGUUUCAGACGAUAUCUGUGAUGAGGAAAAGGAGUUUCUACGAAAGAGAAAACUUGCGACGAAAAUAGCGCUUGCGAGAUACCUUGGACUUCCGGAAGAAACGGUCCACCCAGAUGAUGUUCCGUGCAUUGCGAUGGUGGGAUCUGGAGGUGGUUUACGAGCUUUGGUGGCCGGUACAGGUUCGAUGUUAGCAGCUGCUGAGGAUGGCCUUUUCGAUUGCGUCACUUAUACUGCGGGCGUGAGUGGUAGUUGCUGGCUUCAGUCUCUAUUCAAUUCUUCGCUCAGUGGACGACGCCUUGAUAGAUUGGUGGAUCAUUUGAAAGCUCGACUCGGGAUCCAUAUCGCUUAUCCUGUCGAUGCCCUUUCCGCCCUUAAUUCUGCACCCACCAACAAGUUUCUGCUGGGUGGCUUUGUCGAGAAGCUGAAAGGAGAUCGUAAUGCAGAGAUUGGUUUGGUGGAUGUGUAUGGGCUACUACUGGCUGCGAGAUUACUUGUGCCAAAAGGCGAGCUGGGAGUAGAUGAUCGAGAUCUCAAAAUAUCGAAUCAACGAGAUUACAUCGAGAAUGGUGAGAAUCCAAUGCCCAUAUAUACAGCAGUGCGUCAUGAGAUACCCAUAAUAGAGGAGUUAAGCGACGAAGAGAAACAGAAAGAAACGGCUUCCGAGGCCACCAAGGUGAAAGCUGUUCAAGAAGCAUGGUUUGAGUGGUUUGAAAUAACUCCGUAUGAAAUGUUUUGUGAAGAAUUUGGGGCAGGAAUUCCAACUUGGGCACUCGGUCGACAAUUCGAAGGUGGAAAAGAUGUUCCUCAUGACGAGACAGGAUUACGAACUCCCGAGCUUCGAUUACCACUUUUACUUGGGAUUUUCGGAAGUGCUUUCUGUGCCACCUUGAGUCACUACUAUAGAGAAGUCCGGCCUUUGGUCAGGGGGUUGAUGGGUUUUGGGAGCAUCGAUGAUAUGAUCGAAGGUCGAAACGAGGAUCUAAGCAAAGUUCAUCCGAUUGAUCCAGCUAGUAUCCCUAAUUUUGCCCAUGGAAUGAAAGGACAACUCCCAGAAACUGCCCCAGAAAGUAUCUACCAAAUUACACAUCUGAAGUUAAUGGAUGCGGGCAUGUCCAACAAUUUACCUAUCUAUCCGCUCCUUCGACCGGGAAGAGAAGUCGACGUGUUGAUUGCAUUUGACGCAAGUGCAGAUGUCAAGACGGAUAAUUGGUUGUCAGUAGUCGAUGGAUAUGCAAGACAGCGUGGCGUGAAAGGAUGGCCGAUUGGUGUUGGCUGGCCGAAAUCUAGCGACACCGCCGAGAAAACCGAAGAAGAAUUCGAAAAAGCCCAGGUCAGUACCGCCGCCGAAGCAGAUGCCAAGCUUGAAGAAGCACAAGAGGAACAAAUCACACAUUUGGAAAAGGUGGUUUUAAGUGAGGAUGACCCCAGGAGUCUCGAUGCUGAAGACAGUGGUGAUCUUGGCUAUUGUACUGUCUGGGUGGGUACAACUGAAGAGCGCACCGAGACAGAUGAACCGCCUUUAUCUAAAGCGGUGAAGGAAGAUUGGCAAUUGAUGGAACCGAAUGCAGGUAUUGCAGUAGUGUAUUUACCAUUUCUUGCAAAUCCCAAGGUUGAGGGUGUGGAUCCGGCGAUUAGCGAUUACAUGAGUACCUGGAAUUUUGUAUAUACCCCGGAUGAUAUAGAUAAUGUGGUGAGAUUGGCGCGAGCGAAUUUUGACGAGGGAAGAGAACAGGUUCGAGGGACGGUGAGGGCGGUAUAUGAGAGAAAGAAGAGGAUUAGGGAAGAGAGAGAGGGGAAGGAGAGAGAAAAGAGGUUUAGGAGGAAGGUGAGAUUAGGGAUUGUGGGGAAGAAAGGGGACGGAGAUCAUUUUCAUUUGACUUGA